CUCAAGAGCCUUUGCAUCCACAGCCAUCAGCUCUCACCCAGGAGCUGCAUCCCAGUGCCAGUGGCAGGAGAAGAGCUGGCAGCCCAGGAAGCACUGGGAGGAGGAAGCAUAGGACUUGCGGAGAUCCAGAGGAGGCUCAGUCUCAUCAAACAUUUGUCAAGCCAUCUGUUUGGUGUGGUACCAAGGACUAUCCAAGUAUCCAGACAGAGGGAUCUGAGAGAGGCGCGUGCCUGACACGCACAGCAGCCCAGCGAUGAGUGAGAACCCACCCACCAACCUCAACACUGGAGAGGCUACAACUGGUCCCACCACACCACGCAAGGGGCCUCCCAAGUUCAAGCAGCGACAGACAAGGCAAUUCAAGAGCAAGCCCCCUAAAAAAGGAGUAAAAGGGUUUGGAGAUGACAUCCCAGGCAUGGAGGGACUGGGCACAGAUAUCACAGUGAUUUGCCCAUGGGAAGCUUUCAGCCAUCUGGAACUGCACGAGCUGGCCCAGUUUGGGAUCAUCUAAGCCACCAGCAUCUCUACUGAUAUCACCUGGUGACUCCACAGAUCCUAGCAUGGUGUUCAUCACCUUUGACACUUAUUUUUGGCCCUUACAUCCAUUUGCUCAUGGGCAGGGUGGUUUUGUAAGAGCUACUUAUGAGAAAGUCCUUUGCAGAUUAAUUUGGCAAAGAAGUUAUUUGGGACCCUGAACAGACCUCAUGCUCCAUGUGAUGAAACUACUGAAAAAUGUCUUAAUGCCUCCCUGCACCAUAUUCUAUCUUCUCCCACUGUCAUAGAUCUUCAUGUUUAUGGAGGUACAGGGAGCCUGUGUUUGAGCUUUUUCCCUGGUUAACUUUUCCCCUGGUUAGCUGAGACACUGUGCGCAUGGGUAUG